CUUCUGUUUCUCUCAGGGCAUCAACGUCAACAAUCUGCCAGAUUGCUGCGCGUACUGCUGAAUUACUGUCAUAACGUUUUGGUUCUUCAUGUUGAUUAGUUUUGGCAGCUGAACCUCGCAGACCGACGGCGACAGCCUCAAAGUCACUGAAGGUGACAGCCUGCGCGCCACCAGCAUUCCUUUCUUCGACUUUUCCUUCCCUCGACCUCGACAUAACUCGUAAUAUAACAGCACCGGCUUCUCACAUACACAAUGGCGGAAUACGAAGAGGGUUACGAGUACGAUGACUUCGCGGAUGAGGAAGAAGAGGAUACCAAUAUUUCGGCCGAGGAUUGCUGGAUGGUCAUUCAGUCCUUCUUCGAAUCCAAGGGUUUGGUCUCUCAACAACUCGAUUCUUUCGAUGAAUUCGUCUCCACGACUAUGCAAGAGCUUGUUGAGGAGAACUCGCAACUCACGCUUGAUCAGAAUUCCCCUCCAUCCUCAGAUGAUAAUCCCAUCGCCCUCCGACGAUAUGAGAUCAAAUUUGGCACCGUCCUGCUGUCGCGACCAGCUAUGACUGAAGGCGAUGGCAGUACGCAAGUUAUGCUUCCACAAGAGGCUCGACUGCGAAAUCUUACCUACUCGAGUCCGCUGUACCUGGAGAUGACCAAGAAAGUCUCCGUGGCUGUUGAACGACCUGUUCCUCUGAACGAGCUCGAUGAAGAACAGCAAGAGGAGAUGCAGCGCACUAAUGUACAUCCUACGCGCUUGAUAUGGGAAGACGAGGAUGGCAAUGGAAUGGAAGGUGACAAAGAUGAGAGAGCUCCCGAUCGAGUCUUUAUCGGAAAGUUGCCUAUCAUGUUGAAGUCGAAAUACUGCAUAUUGAAGGACCUCGACGAGGAUGAUCUCUAUGCCUGGAACGAAUGCCCUUACGACCAAGGUGGAUACUUUAUCAUCAACGGUUCUGAGAAGGUCUUGAUCGCCCAGGAGCGUAGUGCCGCGAACAUUGUUCAGGUCUUCAAGAAAUCAUUACCGAGUCCUACCCCAUACAUCGCCGAGAUCCGCAGCGCCCUCGAGAAAGGUUCUCGGCUUAUUUCUUCCAUGACCAUCAAACUUUUCGCUAAGGGGGACGGUCAACGAGGUGGCUUCGGCCAAACAAUCAAAUCGACACUACCCUAUAUCAAGAGCGAUGUUCCAAUCGCAAUAGUCUUCCGUGCAUUGGGCGUCGUCUCAGAUGAAGACAUCUUGAACCACAUUUGCUACGAUCGAAGCGACUCUGUUAUGCUAGAGAUGCUCAAGCCCUGUAUCGAAGAAGCUUUUGUCAUCCAGGAUCGAGAGGUUGCGUUGGAUUUCAUUGGUAAGCGUGGCAACAGCCAAAGUCUUACGCGUGACAAGCGCAUCAAAUACGCCCGAGAUAUUAUGCAGAAGGAAUUGUUGCCCCAUAUCUCACAGGCAGAGGGUAGCGAGACUAGAAAGGCUUUCUUCUUGGGCUAUAUGGUACACAAGAUGUUGCAAUGUGCUCUUGGUCGCCGAGAAACCGAUGAUCGAGAUCACUUCGGAAAGAAGCGCUUGGAUCUGGCUGGUCCUUUGCUGGCAAAACUCUUCCGAGCCCUCUUCAAGAGAUUGACUUCAGAUGUCCAGAAGUACCUCGCUCGUUGCGUUGAGAACAACCGCGAAUUCAAUCUGACUCUCGGAGUGAAGGCGACCACGAUCACCAAUGGCCUUAAAUACUCCUUGGCCACCGGAAAUUGGGGAGAUCAAAAGAAGGCUGCUAGCUCGACUGCUGGUGUGUCUCAAGUGUUGAACAGAUAUACUUUUGCUUCGACACUUUCCCAUCUUCGUCGCACCAACACUCCUAUCGGACGUGAUGGUAAGAUUGCCAAGCCCAGACAAUUGCACAACACACAUUGGGGAUUGGUCUGCCCUGCCGAAACUCCUGAAGGUCAAGCUUGUGGUCUCGUCAAGAACCUGGCUCUCAUGUGCUAUGUCACCGUCGGUACUCCCAGCGAACCUAUCAUUGAAUUCAUGAUUCAGAGAAACAUGGAGGUCUUGGAAGAAUAUGAGCCUCUACGUUCUCCCAACGCUACCAAGGUCUUCGUUAAUGGUGUAUGGGUUGGUGUGCAUCGUGACCCUGGGCAUUUGGUCAAGACUGUACAGCAUCUUCGUCGAUCUCAUUUGAUCUCCCACGAAGUGUCUCUGAUUCGAGAUAUUCGCGACAGAGAAUUCAAGAUCUUUACAGAUGCUGGUAGAGUGUGCAGACCUUUGUUCGUGGUCGACAACGACGUCGAUAGUGCUAACAAGGGCAACUUGGUCUUAACUAAGGACCACAUUCAUCGCCUUGAACAAGAUCAGUCAACACAAGGCAUGGAUCAGGCUUCACGCGAUUCAAAUGGCUACUUUGGAUUCCAAGGUCUUAUUGAUAAUGGUGUGGUAGAAUAUGUGGAUGCAGAGGAAGAGGAGACAAUCAUGAUUGUUAUGACACCCGAAGAUUUGGACAUCUCACGGCAAUUGCAAGCCGGGUACCAGUUUGCCCCGGAAGAGAACCCCGAUCUCAACAAGCGUGUGAAGGCUCCGAUGAAUCCUACAGCACACAUCUGGACACAUUGUGAGAUUCAUCCUAGUAUGAUAUUGGGCAUUUGCGCCAGUAUCAUUCCAUUUCCUGAUCACAAUCAGUCUCCUCGUAACACCUAUCAAUCAGCUAUGGGUAAGCAAGCUAUGGGAGUCUUCCUCACCAAUUUCGAUCAACGCAUGGAUACUAUGGCAAACAUCCUAUACUACCCUCAAAAACCCCUUGCUACUACCCGUUCCAUGGAAUUCUUGAAAUUCCGAGAACUGCCUGCUGGUCAAAAUGCCAUUGUGGCCAUCGCCUGUUACUCGGGUUACAACCAAGAAGAUUCCGUGAUCAUGAACCAGAGUAGUAUUGAUCGUGGCCUCUUCCGCAGUUUAUUCUUCCGUGCUUACACGGAUCAAGAGAAGCGAAUUGGUAUGAACGUCGUCGAGCAGUUCGAGAAGCCUUUCAGGUCCGAUACACUCAGACUGAAGCAUGGUACAUAUGACAAGCUCGAUGAUGAUGGAAUUGUUGCCCCUGGCGUCCGUGUGUCUGGAGAGGACAUCAUCAUCGGAAAGACUGCUCCUAUCCCCCCUGAUGCCGAGGAGAUGGGCCAGCGCACAAAAGCUCACAUCAAGCGUGAUGCUUCCACCCCACUUCGAAGCACCGAAAAUGGAAUCGUUGACCAGGUGUUGAUCACAACCAAUGCCGAGGGUCUCCGCUUUGUUAAGGUCCGUAUGCGUACAACCAAGAUUCCUCAGAUUGGAGAUAAAUUUGCCUCUCGUCACGGACAAAAGGGUACCAUUGGUAUCACAUAUAGACACGAGGAUAUGCCGUUCACCAGACAAGGUAUUGUGCCUGACUUGAUUAUCAAUCCUCACGCUAUUCCGUCGCGUAUGACCAUUGCCCAUUUGAUUGAAUGCCAAUUGAGCAAGGUUGGAACUCUCCGAGGUCUUGAGGGUGACGCAACUCCUUUCACUGAGGUGACCGUCGACUCCGUCUCUAAACUCUUGCGAGCUCAUGGAUAUCAAUCUCGUGGCUUCGAGAUCAUGUAUCACGGCCAUACUGGUAGGAAGCUCAUGGCACAGGUAUUCUUGGGUCCCACAUACUACCAACGUCUUCGCCACAUGGUCGAUGAUAAGAUCCAUGCUCGAGCUAGAGGACCGCUUCAGAUCUUGACUCGUCAACCAGUGGAAGGUCGUGCACGAGAUGGUGGUUUGCGAUUUGGAGAAAUGGAGCGUGAUUGCAUGAUUUCUCACGGAGCUGCUGCCUUCUUGAAGGAGAGAUUGUUUGAGGUCUCGGAUGCCUUCAGAGUCCAUGUGUGUGACAUCUGUGGACUGAUGACUCCGAUUGCCAAACUAUCCACUCAAUCUUUCGAGUGUCGACCCUGCAAGAAUAAGACGAAGAUCUCUCAGAUUCACAUCCCAUAUGCUGCAAAGUUGCUGUUCCAGGAACUAGCAUCUAUGAACAUCGCAUCUAGAAUGUUUACCCAGAGAUCUGGUAUUUCAGUUCGCUGAAAACCGAGAGGGGAGAGGUGAGAAUGUACAGGAAAUGGGGUUGCGCGGUGGUGGUCUUUGCAUAUCACGGCGUUUGGGAUGGAGCAAGACUGCCUCAAAAUGGAUGACUGCAUAUUUGGUUGCGUUCGUUUGCGGCGGAGAAAAGGGACAAGCGAGAUUUGGGAUGCGUGAGACCCUAAUGUACCAUAUCUAGAUUUCGGGGGAGAUCAUACAGAUGAGCUAAUGACAGAAUGACCAUUCUAUCAGC